AUGGUUAUUUCCCGCCUUUACGUCCUUCUUUACCGCGGUUCACAUCUGGAUUAUCCGCAACUGAGCAUGAUCUUUUCCAUUAUUUAUCGACAUGGGCCUGGAAUGCGGGGUGAGGAGCUAAAGCUAUCUGCUAUUCGUGCUCUUGCUGCUUCAGCCUCUCAGGGAAUCGAAUCGCAGAGUGCCAUUCAGCAUGUUGCAGCAGUAAUGGUUCUUUGUUUGUUUGAGAGUCAGCAAAACUCGACGGCUUCUGAUCAGUGGCUCUGUUAUCUCCGGGCUGCAGGAAAGGUGAUUGAAAGCGUCUCACUCGAAAGCUUUGGUAGGGCGACAGACGGCCCAAUUUUGCUGGAGUGGGUUUACUACCACGAAGUGAUGGCUCGAUUCAGCCUACGUCACUGGCGACAACAUCAUCCUGGAGUAUCAAGCUGCCAAUAUGAUACAGACUCGCCAUCUUAUUUAGCAGCGGAGAGAGCGCGGUGGAAUUCUGCGACUACGCUUAUCCAGUGGCAGGGAUCCAUCGUCCACAACACAAUAUUCGCACCUCUUCGUCUUUUGUCUAGAGUAGUGUCCGAGGUCUUACCAUCUGGAGAUCCCAAUUCCCGCAAAGAGGCAUACAAGACCAAGGUCGCGCAUCUCAAACAAGAGAUUAGGAAUCUCGAGAUACCAACGCCGGCGGACCCAGCCAUACAAAGUGUCGCUGCUAGGGCCGAAGUUUUCCGGAUUACGACGCUCGUUUAUUUAAGCCGCUCCACCGAUCAUGGCCUAUCACGUUCUUCAGGGUUAGAGCUGCUUGUCGAUAAAGGACUUUCCCUCAUGAAGUACGUGGGCUGUUGCGAGAGACCGCUACCUCUACUCAUCCUCGGCUGCGAAGCGCGCACAGACAUUGAGAGGCUUCGAGUUCUAGAUCUUGUACCCGCCCCAGACAGUAGGAGUCCCUGGCGAAGGCAUCACUUCAUGACACUCUUACUGCCAGCAUUGUGGAUACAGAACGACCUUGAUGUUGAAAGCAAUGUCAAGCUUGACUACACGGAGAAGCUUUCGGCUGUCUUUAACGCUAGCGAGUUUCCUCCUCAAUUUCAUUGA